AUGCCAUCCUCGCCCCCCGACUAUCGCAACUGCUCCAAGGAAGCAUUCGACGCAGUUGCAGAUAUGACAGUUGCGCAAAGCACGAAGGCCAAGUCUGCCUCAAAAGCUGGCAAUGGAAACACAAAAACAAAGUCAAAGACGCAGAUGCACCGCAGGUCAAGGACAGGCUGCUAUACUUGCCGAUUAAGACGGAAGAAGUGUGAUGAAGGCACACCAAUGUGCACUGCCUGCAAACACCUAGGACUACAGUGCGAAUACAGGCGACCAAUCUGGUGGAGCAACAAUGAUGCUCGCAGAAAACAAAAGGAAGACAUCAAGCGCAUCAUCAAGCGCAAGAAGUUGGCAGAAAAGACGUCCAGCUCUGUCCAGACUUCUGUCAGCCCGCCCCCAGGAUUGUCGCAUUCGGCGGCUACAUCGACAACUUACUCGGAUCCCAUGGAUCGCACCAGGUCUGCUUCCAUCGACUCGCAGUUCUCUGGUGGCUUCAACUUCAACAGCCCGCCAAACGAAACAGGGUGCACUGUUUACAAUACCCAGUUACACCCUGACUACGUUCUCAGCGGCUACUUGCCAUAUGAAGUUGACGUAAAGACGGAGCGACAAAUGUUCGUCAACGACGUUCCCACGCUCAGGGAGUCCCACGUGGCCACGUUUAGCACUUAUGAAACCCCCCCUCCUCCCGGCACUGUUCUGCCGUCUGGCCGAUUCGAGAUCGGAUGGACUGACCACGUUCGACAAGAGCGAAGAGAGUCGAUGGCGGAGGAGGCACUCAAUGUCAACUUCUUUGACUUUGCGCAUGGCUCACAUAACGGAUCAAGGCAAUUUAGAAUUGAACUUGAGGAAAGCGACCAACUUUUGUUGGACCACUUCAUCCAAUAUGUCCUGCCCAUCAUCUUCCCCAUCCUCGAGUCAAACCAACACGGCUCUGUCGGUUCCGACUUGAUUCUUCCUGCCCUGCAGUCCAACGGCGUCUUUCUCAACUGCUGUCUUAGCAUUGCGGCUCAGCACCUCAAGACCCACGCCGCGGUGCCUGGCAAGGACAUUGACGAGGAUAUCAUGAGGCACCGUUAUGCCACCAUCUUCUCGCUCUGCGAGUCGCUGAAGCGCGAUGAGAACCACCAACAGAUCCUGGAAGCUACUUUGGGCCUCAUCUUUUUCCAGUGCGUCGUUGGUCGCUUUGAUGAUGAUGGCCUUUUGGAUAUCGCCUGGCAUCAGCACUUCCAGGCUGCCAUUAGCCUUGUCCAGAAGCUCGACCUUCCCCGUCUCGUGUCCGAACCUGCUGGUCAGAUUGGGCCGACUCCCUUCAAUAUGACCUUGACAAGCUGGAUUGACAUUCUCGGCGCCACCAUGCAGGGCGCUUCGCCCACGUUUGCCCAUACGUACCGGGAAAAGCACUUGUCUCCUGUCAACUCCCAGCUUGGGCUCCGCGAGCUCAUGGGCUGCGAGGAUCGAGUCAUGUAUCUCAUCUCCGAGAUUGCCUGCCUCGACUCUCUCAAAAAGGAAGGCAUGGACGACUACACUCUCUGCCAACAUGUGUCUGCUUUGGGAGAGCAGCUCACUCUCACCGAGGUCGGCGACACCGGUCCCAGGAUGCCCUACAAUGCCAGUGGCACAUUGUCACCCAAGCAGCUCUGCAAGAACAUUACUUCGGCUUUCCGCAUUGCCGCUCGCAUUUAUCUCUGCAGCUUGAUCCCUGGCUUCAGCCCAAGCCAGCCUUCUCCUCGGGCUUUGAUUGAGAAGUUGACCAACAUACUCCAGUUCAUCCCCUCUGGAUCGCAUGGCUACGACCGCAGCCUUGUCUGGGUUUAUCUCGUUGCUGGGUCCGUUAGCUUGCCCGGAAGCAGCAUCCGGCCUUUCUUCGAAGACCGUGUUGCUCAGCUUGGCCACGACGCCACGUGCGGUGCCUUCGGCCGGAUGGUGACGGUCGUCCAGGAGGUAUGGAUCCAAGCCGGGAGCCUGGCUCAGGCUGCCAGCCCUGGGUCUUGCUCGUCUGAAGUCAUGCAGCCGUACGUCAACUGGCGUCACGUCAUGCAAGCAAAGGGCUGGGACUUUUUGUUGAUUUAG